UCUAUGUGUACGUUUCUUAUUGGAGAGAAAGUCUAUGUAUACGUUUCUUACUGGAGAGAAAGUCUAUGUAUAGUUCUCAUUGGACAGAAAGACAGAACAUCUACGUGUACGUUUUUCAUAGCACAGAAAGUUCAUGUGUAGGUUUCUCAUUGGGCAGAAAAAAGUACAUACUGUGUAUGUUCUGGUCGACCAUGACAUUGACAACAAUCGGCGAGAGGGCGCCACCAGUCACUGACCUGGAGUAUAUCUUCACCGGCAUCACUUUCUUGGUGGGGGUGUUUGUGUUCGCAGCCGUUGUUGGCAAUGUUGGUGACGUCAUCAGCAACAUGAACGCCGCCAGACGAGAUUUUCAAGCCAGAAUGGAUCAAAUCAAGUUCUACAUGAACCAUAGACAAGUUCCACAACAACUCCAGACCCGCAUCAAGAGAUGGGCAGAGUACGCCUGGGACAGGACGAAGGCGAUGGAUGAGCCGAGUGCCUUACAGUUCCUGCCUGACAGACUGCGCACAGAGGUGGCCAUCCAUGUCCAUCUUGAUGUCCUCAAGAAGGUGUCCAUCUUUGGCGAGUGCGAGGAGGGCUUGCUGCGUGAGCUGGUCCUGAAGCUGAAGACGCAGAUCUUCUCCCCGGGAGACUACAUCUGUCGCAUCGGCGAGAUCGGCAGGGAGAUGUACAUCAUCAACCACGGACAAGUGGAGAUCCUAUUUCCGGACUUUGAAACUGGGAGCAGGAUUCAAGUGGUGGUCAUGCAGCCUGGCAACUUCUUUGGGGAGAUAAGCCUGCUGAAGUUGGACGAUGGCCAGAAUCGACGUACUGCGGAUGUCAGGUCUAUAGGUUUUUCAGAACUGCUGUGUUUGUCCCGCCGUGACCUCAUUGUGGCGUUGACCGAAUAUCCGGAAGCUAAAAGGAUUUUGGAGGAUUAUGCCAGACAACGGUUUAACCACACCAGGAAGUUAUCACCGCCAGAGACAGAAGACUGCAGACCUGUCUCAGCCCCGGUCUCGUGUGUUUCCAGUCACAAGAAGAGGUCAGCGAGAAAGGUCUUCACGAAGGUCAUGAGACAGGGAGGCUUCUCCAAGCUGUUGAAGAAUGCUGCUAGAA